CUCCCCCACCUCCAGCACGCGUCCGCUCUAUAUAUACACAGCGUUUGCCUGUGCGUCCAUCGCUAAUCCGCCUCAUUCCCAGUGCCCAGCUGGUGUUUGUGCCACAGCGCAACCACGGGCGCUGUCACUGCAAGCCAUGCGUGCGUUUACGAUACGAGGAGCCUGAGGGGAGAGGCUGGAUGCUCGGAAGUGAAGGUGAAUAAAUUAGCUGAACUCAACCGUCAGUUUGAGCUGCUGUGAUAAAGAAGCGAAAGACUCAGCAGUACAAUGGCUACAACAACGGAGGACACCCCCCAGAAACCUGCAAAAACCGAGCUGAGCCCUACACACAGUCCAGCACCCAGUCCUGUUCCCAGCCCAAUGCUGGAGAAAAUCGCUCUUCCUGCUGCAAAUCAUGUUGAGCAUCUGAACAUGAACCAGAUCCAGGUGGUGGUACGACGCUGCUCCACUCCAAACUUAACAGAGGAAACCACCUAUUUUAUCCCCCGAAACCCUGUGGUGGAUGCUGGCACCAACACAGACCCACCCGUGGUCUGUUGUCCGCUGCUCCGCAAGUUCUGCCCUUGUCCGCCACGAGGCCUCCUUGCCUCUCUUAUUACCAAAGUUCUCUUGGCAGCUGUGCUCUUUGGGGUUGUUUGGUCCAUCACGGAGGACGAAUGUCUUCCUGGAGGGAACCUUUUUGGCAUCACCAUACUCUUCAUCUGCGCGCUCAUCGGUGGCAAAGUAGUCGCCCUCAUCCGGCUGCCUAAACUUCCGCCAUUUCCACCGCUCCUCGGUAUGCUGCUGAUGGGCUUUCUGCUGAGAAACAUCCCGGUUGUAACAGACGGGGUGUACAUUAACUUCAGGUGGUCAUCUUCUCUGAGAAACAUUGCUCUGGCUGUCAUCCUGGCCAGAGCUGGCCUGGGGUUGGAUCCUAAGGCUCUGAGGAAGCUCAAAGGCGUCUGUGCACGUGUGGCAGCUGGGCCGUGCCUGAUGGAGGCCUGCACCACAGCACUGAUAUCUCACUUCCUCAUGGGCUUGCCUUGGGAGUGGGGCUUCAUUCUUGGCUUUGUUCUGGGUGCCGUGUCUCCAGCCGUGGUGGUGCCCUCGAUGCUGCUGCUGCAGAAGGACGGAUACGGCGUGGAACAGGGCAUUCCCACCCUGCUGAUGGCCGCUGGGAGCAUCGACGACAUUCUCGCCAUUACAGGGUUCACCACAUGCUUGGGCAUGGCCUUCGCCACAGGAUCCACUUGGUAUAACAUCCUGCGAGGCGUCCUGGAGGUCGCAGGAGGGAUGGUUGCUGGGAUCCUCCUCGGCUUCCUCAUCCAGUACUUCCCCAGUGUUGACCAGAAGCACCUAGUGAUGAAGCGUUCCUUCCUGGUGCUGGGUCUGUCUGUCUUCGCUGUGUUUGGCAGCGGAGUGGCAGGCUUUCCAGGCUCCGGGGGCCUCUGCACCCUGGUGUUGGCAUUCCUGGCCGGCCUUGGCUGGGGAGCAGAAAAGGCACGUGUGGAGGAAGUGGUUGGGUGGGCGUGGGACGUGUUUCAGCCCCUGCUGUUCGGACUGAUAGGGGCGGAGAUUCGAGUCUCUGAGCUGGAGGGACUUGCAGUUGGUCUGGGUAUUGCGACCCUGCUCAUUGCUUUGCUGGUUAGAAUACUCUUCACCUUUGUGUGCGUGCUGCGUGCGGGCUUCAACUUAAAGGAAAAACUUUUUGUCGCUCUCGCAUGGAUGCCCAAAGCAACAGUGCAGGCAGCAAUAGGCUCCACAGCUUUAGACAUGGCCAGAACAAAGGAUGACGAGAAGCUGCAGAAGUACGGCAUGGACGUGCUGACUGUGGCCGUGCUCGCCAUCCUUCUCACGGCCCCGGUAGGGGCUCUGAUUAUUGGGCUCUGCGGGCCUCGCCUGCUGCAGAAACCAAAGACCUCAGCCUGUGGCACUACGGCAGGAGGUGAAGAUGACACUGAAGCUCCUGUCACCUUCGAGAGUACACUCUGACAUCUUGAUAUAAUAAAAAGGACUCGGACCUCAGUUGUUUCAGCUGCUCUUUAGCCACUGAGUGGCUCCCUUGUUGCUCAACUGCUGAUCAGGCUGUAUUUAUAGCAGCAGGUGGUUUCCCGGCCUCCGAGCUCUGAACACAUUUCCCAUGUCCUGUGUGCAAUGUCAUGCUGGGAUGAACUUUAUACCACAGCUGCUUCUGUGUCUAGCUUCAAGUGAGCAUUUAGUUAGAUCUUCCAUAUAUACAUAAAGCAAAAAAAAUAGUUUACGUUUUUGUAAAGAAAAAACAUUUUUUGUCAUAUUCAAAGUAUAUAGUGAUUUUAAUUUUACCAAAUUUGGUUGACAAUUUAUGGUAGACUGAAAAACGUAGCGCUUAAUAUAAGGUAUAAGGAUGUUCUUUAAGAAGGGGUGCGUGGGAUGCUUGGAACAGACAUCCAGAAUCCGUAUUUUUUAGAUCUAUUGUUUUCAUUUUAGUGCUUUGUGUUGUUUUUGUAUGAUUUUUAUGUAAUUAGCUGUGUCAGGAUGUUUAAUUUAGUUUACAAAAACUCAGGAGAUCUUGAUUUUCCACUUUAGAUUCAUACAGAAUGCUGCUUAAACUCCUACAGUAUCGAUGACCAUGUUCACGGUGUGGUCUAAGAUCCCACAUCACGUUUUAUGGGUUUGUAUACUUUAUGAACAAAUUUUACAUGAAUGUUUUCUUUGUUUUUUACUACAGAAAUAUGCAGUGUACUUUGUUUUUAAUUUUAGAUUUUUAUGGCAUGAAUGAUACAUUUUAGUUUUGACACUAUUUAUUAUGCAUUUCACAUUAGAUUUGUAUCAAACAAAUUUGGAAUAAAGUUGUCUUUUUUUAUAACCAAGAAUGUGGUGAAAUCUUUAUUUUCCUUUGAUAUGUGGAUUUGUUUGUUUUUCCCUUGUAUGUCUUGAUGAAUUUCAAUCCAGUUUGGUUUAUUCAUGACACCAAUUUACAAUAAAAUGUGAUUUUGUGGCACUUUA